GGCGGAGGCGGCGGCGGCGGCGGCUCCUGCGGGGGGAAGGAAGCGCCCGGAGAGCGGAGCGGCGGGAGGCUGCGGAUCUGCGUGCCUGGCGCCCACCCAGCCCGAGGGGAGCCCCCAGGAUGCGGCUGAAGCCCGGCGCGCUCCUGCGCUUCUACAGCCUCUGCGGGAUCCUCGUACAAGGCAGCCAAGGGCAGUUCCCACUCACACAGAACGUCACAGUUGUUGAAGGUGGAACAGCAAAUUUGACCUGCAGGGUCGAUCAAAAUGAUAACACCUCCCUCCAGUGGUCAAAUCCAGCUCAACAGACACUGUACUUCGAUGACAAGAAAGCUCUGAGGGACAACAGAAUCGAGCUGGUGCGAGCGUCGUGGCACGAGCUGAGCAUCAGUGUCAGCGACGUGUCCCUGUCGGACGAAGGGCAGUACACCUGCUCUUUGUUCACCAUGCCUGUCAAGACUUCCAAGGCUUUCCUCACCGUCCUUGGUGUUCCUGAGAAGCCACAAAUUACUGGAUUUACCUCACCAGUUAUGGAGGGAGAGAGGAUGCAGCUCACUUGCAAGACAUCUGGUAGUAAGCCAGCAGCUGAUAUCAGAUGGUUCAAGAAUGACAAAGAAGUUAAAGAUGUUAAAUAUAUAAAAGAAGAAGAUGCAGCUCGUAAAACAUUCACAGUCAGCAGCACGCUGGAUUUCCUAGCAGAUCGCAGUGAUGAUGGUGCAGUUGUAAGUUGCAGAGUAGAUCAUGAGUCCCUAAACUCUACACCUCAGAUAGCAAUGCAGGUUCUAGAAAUACACUAUACACCUUUAGUUAAAAUCAUUUCUUCCAAUUCAUGGCCUGAAGAAGGACAAUCUAUAAUUUUGACUUGUGAAUCCAAAGGAAAACCAGUGCCAGAACCAGUACUGUGGACAAAGGACGGAGGAGAACUACCAGAUCCAGAGAGAAUGGUUGUCAAUGGCAGGGUUCUAAGCAUCAGCUUCCUAAACAAAACAGACAAUGGCACAUAUCGAUGUGAAGCAAAAAAUCCCAUUGGCCGAAACAGCACAGAAUAUGUCCUGAUAGUACAUGAUGUUUUCAACACUUUGCUUCCCACUACUGUCAUCCCCUCCCUUACCACUGCAACAGUCACAACCAAUGUAGCCUUAACAGCCAGCACAACCACAUCGGCAACAGCCACCAGCAUCAGAGAUCCAAAUGCUCUGGCUGGACAGACCGGACCUGAUCACGCUCUUAUAGGAGGAAUAGUGGCUGUAGUUGUCUUUGUAACACUAUGUUCUAUAAUUCUCCUUGGUCGAUACCUGGCAAGACAUAAAGGAACAUAUUUAACAAAUGAAGCAAAAGGAGCUGAAGAUGCACCUGAUGCCGACACAGCCAUUAUCAAUGCAGAAGGCAGUCAAGUCAAUGCAGAGGAGAAAAAAGAGUAUUUCAUUUAGAUGCAGAGCUAGAAUCUUGGAGUUUUACUUAUCAGGCUGACUGCUGGAGAAAACUGGCUAUCAUUUCUCAGAAUUCAUUUCUGCCAUCUUCUGCUAUCUUUAUUAACUCACAUACCUGCUAUAAGUAGCCAGUUUAUGCCAACAAUCAGCUGUUGACAUCAUCAUUCUAUAAUUACAGUAUCAUGCAUAAAACAGGACAUUUCUUAUUGCCUAAAAAUCAUAUCCACUGCUCUCUUAACAUACAGUGCUUGAAUAUACAGCCUUAACAAUGUUAAUCAUCAUCCUAAUUCAUGUUUCUACAUAUUUAAGUGUUAUGCAGCUUUCUUUUCCAGUUUUCUUUUAUCAUGUCCCUAUUAGAAUGUCAUAGAACAAAAUCCAUAACAAGUACUAUUAGGUAGGUCCUAAUAACUUACAGAAAAUGUUAAGUCUAAGAUUAGAGGUUUACAAAGAAUAUUUUAUAUCUGUCUAUCUAUAGUUCAAAAAGUAACUUGUUUUUUUAAACAUAUGCCCUUGGAAACACAAAUUGAAAUCUGUUGAGUAUAGUUUCUCACAUGUUUGGAUUUGGUGGGGAAAAAGAUCAGUCCAGUGAAUUUUUCAGGGUGUUUUGCUUUGUUUUGUUAUGAUUUAAAUGGUACCUUGACAACAGUGCCAUGUUUCAGUGGUAAAAACUUGCUGAGUAGCUAUACAGACUCUGAAAUUUAGAUAAUAGAGCUUCUUUUGAAACAAUUUGUCCUGCCCUUUUACUGGCUUUGGGAUCACAAAGAUUAGAGAACUUUCUGAGUAAUUUAUGUUUUUAUAAUUUAUUUGCUAAACAUGAACUCACCUUCCUACUCAAAUUUGAUGUGUUCAUGGGGCACAAUUGCAAGGCAUUUUAGUAUCUGUAUAUAGUGCAUAUAAUAAAUUCAAUUAAACAUUAUUUGAUACAUAUUCAACUUUUUUGGCAGUAGCUAAGUCAGUCACAAGUAAGCAUUUUCUAAUGUCCAUUAUAUCCCUUUAGAUAUGACUCAAAAUCAAUAUUCUGAGUAGAUAACAUGUGUUAGUAUUUUUUUGUCUGUAUGUCCUAGCACUGUUCAGCAGCAAACUUUUCUAGUUCUUGUUAAUUUUUUCUUUGUUAUACAAUGGAAGCACAAUGUUAUAUGGAAAGGUAGUUUUAAGCUAACAACCAGUGCACAGCCUCAGGUUUUAAAUUACAACCACAUUUGAUUACUAUCCUUAAAAAGUACUAUUGAGUUGCUAAAAUUCUCAAUUUUAAUUUGGCAGUUCCAGAGCUGCUUCUCUAUGUUGGUUUGCCAAAAAAAAAAAAAAAAAACCCUAAAAAAAAAAACAAAAAGAAAAAAAAAAAGAAAAAAUAGAAGUGUUAAAACAAAAGAUAUAUGUUUUGUGUAUACAGUAAAUGGACUAAUUCUUUAUAUUAAAUUCCUGUCUAUGCAUUUUGUGAGGUACAAACUUAUGUCACCGUGAAUGAUAGAGAAUUCCUGCCAUGCUUUUAGCUCCACAGUGAAGGUCUCUGUUUGGAUUAUUUCUGAUUUUUUUUUUUUUUUUGUGUAAUUGACAGCUGAAAAAUCACAUGCUCUUAAAUAUGACAACAAAACACUGUAAGCCCAUUGGCUUAUUUCCUCUUCCAAUGAAAAGAAAAGGUUGCCAUAACAGGUCUUGGAAAUGAUUCUACACUGGAGAAAUCAAGUUAAGUCUAGCUGGAGCUCGCUUUGCUCCUGUGUUUUGCACCUUUGACAAAAGAAGUAUUUCUCUCUGGUUGGUGUGUUUGUGAAGCAUAAAAGCAUGAUGGUCUUCUGUAAAGGACUUUCUCCUGGGAUUUUAUUUUUGUGUGGGGAAGGGAGAAUUUGGGAUACGACAUCAUGUGGUAUGGUAAAAUGGAAGAUAAAGGUGCUGUGACAGAUUAUUUAUCAGAAGAAUAUAAACCUUUUAAGGACAAUAUUAGAGUAUUUUAAUUGUUUUUGUUGAAGCAUCUAUCUUGUUAAUUUCUAAGAAAAAAGGGUGACGUCAAUCAAAGCAGCACUUUUUUUCAAAAUAUACAGACAUAAAUAAUAUGAUGUGGUUGAGUGUUAACAUAAUAAAUCAUAUACAGUAUGACAUUUUAAAGAAAUAAGUCUGCAUUGAUGUGAUUGCAUGCUUGUUUUUACAGUUCACUCCAUACCCAUCUGUGGAAAAAUGCAAUAAUAUGUUAAUAUAAUAUGGUAGUUUGAGAGAACCAGGUAGGUGCUACUAGACACAUUGAAAACUAGUAUAGGUUUACAAGAUAUUCAUGUCUUUCAAAACAUAAACAUGUAAAAGGCUGGCAAAGGAAGUCAUUCAGUUUAAUACCAAAAAUAUGGGUUCUUGUCACAGCAGUAAGUUACAUUAGCUGUAGUACAGUAUCAAAGUUUUAUUUCAGGACCUGGGGCCCAGUUCAACAAAGCUUUUAAGCUCAUAGUCAGCUUCAGGCAUCAGAGGAGUUUCCUUGGAGUAUAAGGCACUGUUCAUAUGCUUAAAAACGAAGUGCUUCCCUGGAUGAGGGCCUUAUUUGCUCCAGUGGAAUUCCCCACCAGCGUGGUGUUUACACAUUUCUUCAUCCUUCCUAACUCCAGCUCGCUUGAAUAGUAGGGUUGUUACUUGAACCAUUACCCAGCCAAGGUCAGGUAGGGCCUUCAAAAGCAGGAUUGGCCUUGUGGUGACCAUUUCAAACCAUAUUCUCCAGUGAUGUACAGACAGCAUUUCAACUUGGCAAAAAAACAGAUAUAAACUGUACUGUUAAGACAGGUUUGUUUGGGAUUUUUUUCAUUGGCUUUCAAUUUAAACUGCUCACAUAUGCACAUUUUUAACCCAUUUGAUCUUCCAUUGUCUUGCACCUGGUGAUGUUCCUUGCAGCUGUGCACAGCAGGUGUGAAAAGCCCCACACAGAGCAUUCUACCUGGAUAGCACUUUGCAGGCCUGUCUGGUCUUCACGGGUUCAAAUAACUACACUGGGUGUAAAGAGGCAUCCCUCUUUUCUGUCAGCAGAGUCAUGGCUCAACACUAAUGACAUUAAGUAGGCUAAAAGCCAGUUGUCCAUUCUUUUUGACCGAGUUCCCAUUCUGAGAAGAAAAAAGAAAAGUUUUUAUGAUGGUGUGAGACACCAGCGAGUGUGUAAAAAGGAGGCUCUAAAUGGGAACCACCUUCACUAAAAUAUAUGUGACAUCCUCUCCCUCACUCACUUGCAGAGUAGUUUUCUCCAGACUAGGUAGCUAGUUUCUGCCAGUGUACUGUUUACAGUGUCGAUUGCUGAUUAUUUUUAAACUUUUGAUGUAGACUUUAAUUUUUUUUUGUUGGUGUUUUUAAUGCUUCAAGAACAUUCUCAUUAUAUGAACAAGAAAGCAGUGCAUCAGAAGACAAGGGGUGCAUCAUCCCACUCUUUUAGUGUCAUCUGACAAACCAAGAGACAGUUUAAGGAACCUGAUGUUUAACUUGAGGCUCAGAG